AUGUCUGCCGACACAUCGGAUCUUACAAAGGUCGAUUCCGCCAUUGGCGGUAUGGCCGGCUCUCCCCCAAAAGAGACCAAGCGAAGACACACCUCUUCUGCCCCUGGAGUCAUGAACCUCAAUGAUCUCGAGAAAGAAGGUACAAAGAUUGCUGUUGCACCCGAAACGCAAAAGACAGGAUGGAAACUCAAUACGUCAACCAGCACUGUCGAAGAUCCUUCAAUCCUCAAGAAGAUGCUCACCGAGCCCCCAGUCAAGAAGAUUGACCUGCACUUCCCCCUAGGUCUGGAGGUUACAGCACGAAAUCUCAAGGGCGUAACGAUAAAGGAUGCAAUGGAUGCCAUUCACAAGCAAUUCAAAAAGAAGGCCGAUGACGAAUUGGAAGAGCCAUACCUGAAAGGCUUCGAGUGGGAUCCCGAGGAGUCAUGGACAAGACUGAAGGUGCACACCCAGAAAGAAGGCAUGCCUGUAGGCAAGAAGUCCAAGAAGAAGGGCGGUGAUGAUUAG